AUGCCAGACUUCUACACACUCAUUGCACACGUCCGGGGCUGGCAUCUCGAGGACAAGCAGUUUACCGCUGCCGGCGAGCCCAUCCUCGGUGGUCUCUUCGACUUCGGUCUGUACUUCUUCUUCAACAACACCCACGAGCCUGUCGACGCGGAGCUGGCUGGCGCUGCAGGGCCGCACUUCAAUCGAGUCACCGCCAACAGCAGCAUGACAAUAAUUAUGGCCAUGGUCUAG